AUGGAUCUAAGGAAUCUCAGAACUAGGGCAUCGGAGCUGGUCAGGGAUGCUCCAAAGGGGGCUAGUGUAGAACACUACUGGAUAUUAAUUAAGGAGGCACUGGUGGAUCUGCAAAACGAAUUUGCUCUGUUGAAACCCAGCCGACGCAUCGACAAACCGUUGUGGUGGAGGGCAGCCAUAGCCAAGGCCAUCAAACAACAAAAUAGGAUACGAACAAUCAUGGAAACCGGUUCUUACGACAGCGGUGAGAAACUGAAAAUGGGUGAGGCCGAAGAGGAGUUCCGGGAAGUAGAACCUUAG